AGCAGCAGCGACAGUCAUUCUUCGUACGCACGCCGUACGAGUUGGAGGUGUUCUUCUCGAGUGCUCAAGAGUCGUGAGUUUGUUUGUUUCCAGUGCUCUCAACUUGUUACAUUUGAUCCCAGAUCCUGCACAGAGUUGUGUGUGGUGGAAAGUUGCAAGUGGGGACUUGAGAAGUUACGCUUGGCGCGAAGUUUGAGAGUUGGCGGGAGAAAAGUGUGCAAAGAGCAAAAUAAAUUUCCUGAGAUAUUAUUCUCGGGAGGAUAAAUUCAUUAUUCAGAGAUCUCCGAAGCAAAAGUUGUGGAGCGUCAAGUGCACAAGUUUCACUGGGAAUAACUACAUGCAUUAAAGUGGCACCGAGAGCUUCCAGCUCAUGAAAGGAUUACACUCUCGUAUUGGAGUGGGUUGCGUUUGAAUAUUUUGUGUUGUGUAUUUUUCAAUUCUGCGCGUCUUGCCGCGAACAGACCGAAGAUUCUAUAUAGAGAGAGAGAGAUUUUGCCAAGGUAUAUUUUGCGAGAGCACAAGCGGAGGUAAAAGAAUUGAAUAUGGUGUUUGAGAAGACUCUUGUGGCCAUUGUGCUUGUUGUGUGUUGCCUGAGGGCGGCCAGUGUAUCGGCGGGCUCAUGCCGGGAGUCUUCGCUGUGCUGCAACGGGCGCGACUCCUCUUGUGUUGUGCAGAAAGCCCCCAUAAAUGCCAUCAUCGAGGAUCUGAGCGAUAAGCCAUGCUAUUGUGACCAUGCCUGCUUGCGCCUCGGCGAUUGCUGCGAGGACUUCAAACAAUACUGUGGAGUCACGGACUGCCUGGUCAGUGAGUGGGGCGCCUGGAGUGAGUGCGACGCCACGUGUGGCACGGGAAUGAUGUCCCGCAACCGGACUGUGGUGCGAGCGGCCCAGAAUGGCGGCAAGCACUGCCCAUCGCUGCUGCAGAAGCGCGGAUGCCAGGGAUUCAAGUGUCAACACCAUCAGGACCGAAGAGUGAUGCGAGAGAUGGCCCUCCUCCUGCCGGCGUCCUUAUCCAAGAGCCGUCACGAGAAUGACACCAGCGACAUUCGGCGGAACCUGAGACUCCGCUAUCGGGACUCGUUCAAGCACAACCGCGGAAAUGAAUACUGUGUCGAAUUCGAAGUGCUGAAGGCGUCGAAGGCCUGUCACAAGCUGCCGCCCUACGACCAGCUCCUGGAGGGCGAUCGCGUGGUGGUGCGCUGCGACUUGGAGGCUCUGCAGAGGGACACCGCGAUGCCAACAGAGUCCAGCAACUCGGUCCUGGAUGAAGAUCAGCUGCCGAAGGGCAAGUUCCGAUGUCGAGGCGAGGGAAUGCCAGGGCGCAACACGCGAUGGAGCGCUCUGGCGGCGCCCUCGUGUCACGGCAAGUGGCUGCGAUUGACGCUGGACCAACCCAAAAAGUGCACAGAAUCCCAGUUCAUUUUCGUAUAAUUCGACCCAAUGUAGGUGCCGCGCCAUUGCAUUGUCUUCGACUUCUUUUAUGUAUUAAUUUUCUCCUAAUUAUAAACCUUUAUUUCGUCUUGGCUACAGAAAGAACUUUCACAUGAAUAUAGCAUAUAUACUUAACUGAUAGUGUUAGGAUAAUCGCAAAGAUAGCCCCCUUGAAGAGAGACGAGAGAGAACCUGUUGAUGGCAAUAAAAUCCAUGUCCCUAUUUUUACAUGAGGAGCUAGGAAAGAGAACGAGGAGUUACGUGUCAUAACUGAUAAUUUAAGUUAUUUUAGGUGAGAAAAGAGCAUGAUAUAUAUGAUAUAAUACUCAAUCCCAAACGAGCAUCACUCAAGUGAAUUUUUUAUCACUUGGAAAAAUGGUUUUUCACGCGGAAUUGUACAUAAAGGCGAGGUAAAAAAAUGUUGAGAGAGAAAAUCCAAGGGAGAAAACGUGUCAGAACAUCCUACAUUCUAACAGCUACUUUAUAUUUAAUUCUUAUGUCAUUUCGUGCAUUCGAAAGAGUGUCAACUGCCAGCAUUUCUUUUUUAAGAAUUCAAUAAAAAUAUUUUAAGCAUGGCAACAAAUGGGAAUUUAUUGCGCAUUUUCUCCCCUUUCCGGUUCUCUCUUCUUGUGUUCAAUACCCCGUUCUUCCCUGUGGCACAGCCUUUAGAUCUCUGAGCUAAGAUGCUAAGAUAGAACACCCCUCUUGGAAAAAAACCUAGAUGGACCCCUUUGUAAACUCAUCGAGAAACUAUUCACACUACAAGUUACAUCACAUACACAAGAAAAGACAGGACAGGCAUUUUAAGUAAGGAAUCUAAGAAGAGAAUAAAAUAUUAAUGUAGCAAAAAUAAAAAAUUUUUUAUUUGUUGAUCGGGAACUCUUGUAACUUAAAAGGCGGAAAAUUAAAUAAAAAAAAAUUGAUAAAAGAAAGUAAGAAUAAAAUUGACACUAAUGCAACCUUGUAAAUACAGAAUGAUAUACUUAAUGAGAAACACUAGUUAGACUAGUUGUAAUGACUAAGGAAAAUUAUUGGAAGUGAAUUCUGGAGAAAUAAUAAGAGAAUCAUUGAAUUUCAAAGGCUCUUUUUUACUCAAAUUCACCGUCACAUUCAUCAAUUUUCAUUACAUCCUCUAUUUUGCAGUGUACUUUUGUGUUCAUGCCAAUUAAAAGCACACCAUCGCAGUCUGUAAUUGAAAUAAAUCACAUAUCACAUAAGGAAGAAGAUGAACUGUCCUUCCACCUCCGCAAAACACUUUUAUUAUACCUUUUUCUUCGCACUCGUGUACUCGAGUUUAUUGAUCUGUUCUUCAAACGUAUAAAACUGCGAGCGUGUGUCUUUCUUCCGAAUCGCAAUUUAUGAGUCAUGGAGGACAUUAACAUUAUAGAAUAGCUAGCGACAUUUUUUUCUCGACUCAAAGAAAUAUGAAGAAUGUAAAAUGUUUCAUUUACAUUGAAAAUAAAUUGAGAGAGGAGAAGAAGAAGAAAAAGCCACCCGAGAAUU